UCCUGCUGGGUAUUUUUGGUACAAUACCGGUCAUCCCACAGAAAGGGUGCACCGAUUACUUGCGGAAGCCAUCAACAAAGGCCUUCGCAGUGCACGGUAAACAGAGGGACGUUUCAGCCUUCAGGAUUAAAACGGCCGCUUGAAAUGCCCAAGACGAGAUAUACAACACCGCAGUGGUGCAUAGCCUACAAUUCCACACAAUAUAUCAGUUUACGAACACAGCGUGAAUGGAAAGAACUAAUAUUAUGACUACUCUUGGGCUUCUCGACGACCAUUCAGACCCGCCACCGGCUAUCGCCGCAAAGUUGCCGCGGCUGACCUAAUGCAGUGCAAGUAUUUGCCGGACGUGCUCUGUUUCCUGCCAUCACCUCGUCGAGACGCAGUAGUCGCUCUCUCCCAUAUCGUCACGAUGCUUCCUCUUUCGCUAUUAAAUGCUGCGCAGAACAAGCCCAUGUUAGUUGAAUUGAAAAACGGCGAAACAUUCAACGGCCAUCUUAUCAACUGUGACAACUUUAUGAACAUAACGUUGAAAGAGGUAUACCAAACGAAUCCCGACGGUGAUCGGUUUUGGAAGUUGAAGGAGUGUUAUAUACGGGGGAGCACUAUAAAAUACAUCCGCAUACCUGAGAACCUGUUAGACGUCGUGAAGGAUGAGCAGAACAGAGCGAGAGAGGCGGGCAGGAGUAAUUCAAGGGGAGGGCAUAUUAGUGGCAGAGGCGGACGUGGAGCGCCUGUCAGAGGUCGUGGUCGUGGAGCACCUAUGCGUGGCGGGAGAGGACGAGGGCGGGGAAUGUGAUUGUCGUGACGUUUUAUUUCUGUGUUUCGGGUGAGCGCUCAUGUAUCCAUUGUAUAUGUUUUUGCAAGCUAGUUGGGCACAUUUUUGUGUCACUGCUAAAGCAUGUCUGCUAAUAUGAAUCGUCGUCUGCAACACGCCAUUUAAA